AUGACGAGCUAUUUCUCUCCUGGUGCCGGGAAUGGCUUGUCUCCGGCACAAUCACCGCUGUCCCCGCCUACACAGCGUUCUUCUGCAUUGUCCAAUCGAUUGACCUCCGUUCUCUCCGCGUCUUACGCCGACUCCGACAUCCGCGACGCCCUCGAAACAUUGAGUGCCCAAGGAAUCCACAACUCUGCCGAGACAAGGCGACAACUUCGACUAGAUGUGCAGAAGGAAGUCGUUGAUUGCAAUGGAGAGAUUGUGCGGGACUUUGGGAAGGUGGCGGAGCAAUUGAGACGAAUCGGCGGUGUGAUAACGGCCUUGAACCAGACAUGCGAUGAGAUGCGCAAACACAUCAGCUUGGCUAAGCAGGAUACGGCACCCGUGCUAGAAGAAGCCACUGCACUCAUGGCCCAGAAGAAGGACGCCGAGACGAAGCAGCAGCUGCUAGAUGCUUUCUCCAAGCACUUCCUUGUGCCCGAAGAAGACGUGACAUAUUUGACAUCGGCAGAGGAGCCUAUCGACGAACGAUUUUUCGAUAUCCUUGCCCGCGUUAAACAAGUGCACCACGACUGUGAGCACCUCCUCGGCGGAGAGAACCAACGGCUGGGCUUGGAGGUUAUGGAGCUGAGCACCCGACACCUCAACUCCGCAUACCAGAAAUUAUACCGGUGGAUUCAGAAGGAGUUCCAGUCCUUGAAUCUCGAGGAUCCUCGGAUCAGCAGCUCCAUCCGCCGUGCCUUGCGGGUCUUGGCCGAGCGGCCGAGUCUGUUCCACAGCUGUCUGGAUUUCUUUGCAGAGGCGCGUGACUACGUGCUUUCCGAUGCAUUCCACUAUGCGCUGACUGAUGCUAUGUCUGGUGGUCCAGGAGCGGGCGCCGGAGGUGAUCCUAGCGUGAAGCCUAUUGAAUUCUCAGCACAUGACCCGCUCCGGUAUGUCGGCGACAUGCUUGCCUGGGUGCAUUCAACUACUGUGUCUGAGCGCGAAGCUUUGGAAGCCCUCUUCGUUGCGGAUGGGGAGGAACUCGCGCGAGGCAUUCAAGCUGGACUUAGCAGCGAGCCCUGGGCCCGAAUUGACGAGGAAGAAGAGGUUGUCUUUGACGGUCGCAAGGCACUCAGCGAUUUGGUCAAUCGGGACCUUACGGGAGUUUCUCGGUCGCUCCGCCAGCGAGUUGAGCUGGUCAUCCAAGGCCAUGACGACCCUGUCACUUGCUACAAGGUGAUAAAUCUACUGUCUUUCUAUCGUACGACCUUUUCCAAACUGGUCGGUGCUCAGUCACACCUGGUGGACUUGAUGCAAACUCUGGAAAGGUUUACAUUUGGUCACUUUGUGACCUUGAUGCGUGACCAGGUCGUCGCCCUUUCAACCGAGCAAAAUGCCAUGAUCCCACCCGGAGAUCUGUCUCCUCCAGAGUUCUUGUUGGAUGUAUUGGAGGAAUUGGUUUCGCUCAUGAAGACACACGAGGCUUCGGUUGACCCAGAGGAGCCGACCGAUGGCAACGAGAACCGAUUUACGCCGGUUCUCCGUGCUGCCUUUGAUCCAUUCUUGACACUGGCGCGGUCUUCAUCCGACGAGCUCAAGGAUGCCACUGAGCAGACAAUCUACCGUACAAACAUCCUUCUCGCGGCCCACGCCACAAUUUCCCUUCUCGACGUUCAACACGAAUUCCUUCUCGAAACAUCAGGUUUGCAAGUUCUUCUAGACGCCCUGGAGCCGUUCUCCAAGACGGGCAAGGAUGGAGAUUCCGAUACCGAGACAGAGAAGACAGAACAGCAGAAACCCCAGCUUGCAGACCUAGCCAAUCUGCCGGCAUUCCAGCCCGACUCGUUGGUCACGUCUAGUCAGCAACUGGACGACUUCCUCCCGUCUGCUCUUAUGGAUGCCACCGAACAUCUCAAGCGCGUCCAGAGCGCAUCACUCGUUCAGAGAGUCACGGAAGACGCAAUUGAGGCCUUCUGUCGUGACUUUGAGUUUGUCGAGGGCAUGAUUAUUGCCGCGGAUGAAGCCAGGGGCAUGACUCAGGUCACCCUGGGAACAGGUGGUAGUAUGAUUAGUGGUCGGAGUGGCAAAUCCGCCCGCAAGAACGAGGUUGAGAAUAAUGAGGAGGAAGAAGAAGAAGACGAGAAGGAAGAUCAGUGGAGUCUGCGGACUUUGUUCCCCCGAACUACUGGGGAGAUCCGUGUUUUAUUGAGUUGA